AUGGCCGAAUUACGUGUUUUCAAAACAGACAAGGAAUUGGAAGUCAUGAGGUACGCUAGUAAAAUCGCUUCCGAAGCUCAUCGUGCUACCAUGAAAGCGAUCCGUGCUGGCCAAUACGAGUAUCAAAUGGAAAGUGUCUUCCGCCAUACGUCUUACUAUCAUGGAGGAUGUCGCCAUCUGGCUUAUACAUGCAUUAGCAGCAAC